AUGUGUGAAAUCUCACACGUACUCUUGCGCACCCAGGCCGACUGUCUGAUUCAAGACGACAAGGCUGUUCUCCAUGUGUCUGUCAGAGGCGCCAAAACCCACAAGCCCAACGAGACCAGAUGGGAAACCACAAGACCGGCCCCCUGCCCUCCGCAGUGUGUUGUCACCUCAUUUGGGUGUGCAUCAAGUGAGAAGGCCGAGGGGGUCAACCUCACUUGUGAGCCAAGCUUAGCCAAGUAG